AUGAAUUCUGAAACUACCAAUAAUCGAUUAAACACGUUUACGCUGAAUGUUCUACCAUUAUCUACUAAAACAAGAUUUAAAUUCAUAAAGGAAAGUUAUGGUUAUAAUUGUUAUAAAUUGUAUCAAUCGUAUGAAAAUAAAACCAUUAAGUUGGCUUGUCUUUUCAGUGAUUUAAAAUAUCUAUAUCAAUGUAAAUCGAACAAUCUGAUGCCUAAAUUUCUUCAAUUUAAACUUGCAAAUCGUGAAUUAGUUUACACAAGAUCAUAUAAGAAAUGCCAGAAUAUUCUUUUGAAAGAAGAAAUUCAUUUAAAAAAGAAUAAUAUCAAAUACACAUCUAUGAUAAAAGAAAACUUAUAUAAUGAAUUAGUGAAUAUUUUCCCACAUGCCGUAAUGACGAAAAUCAACCAAAUUCUAGAUGAAAUCCAAUUUAAAACUGAUAGAGUUAAAUAUCGGACGCAUUGCAGAAAAUUUAACAACUUGAUGUUUUUUCGAAAUCAGCAACAGCAAAGAAGAGAAAAUGAACGUCUCUUAUUAAAUACCAAAUUAAUGAAUAAGUUGAUAAAUAUUGAUAAUGAAAAAGAAAAAGAAACUGAACCUAAAUUAAUUUGGAAUUUAUCAAAUCGUGAUCUUACUAAAGAAGAAAUUCGUGAAUUAGAAAAAGGAAUAUCAUACAAUCGUCCCAGUGCAAUCAAUCGUUCUGAAGUAAUUGCUAAUAUCGAAUACUUAUUCCAUAAUUCUUCUACCGUCCAAAAAGAAUCAACUGAUUUUAAGAAAUGGGACGAAAAUCCUGAUAAUAUUUCAAACAAAGAAAUUAGAACUUUAGAACCAAAACAACUAUCACUUGCUGCAGAUUUAAAAAAUGCAACAGAAAAUUUUUUCAAUCAAGCUCACAUGUCUAUUAAGACAAAACAAAAUAAAAUUAUGAAUCAACAUAAUAAUCAACAACUAUUGUUAAAUUUAUCUAAAGAUCCAUCUAUUUUAAUAACUAAACCUGAUAAAGGUAGAGGUGUGGUGAUACUUAACCGUAAUGAUUACAUUCAAAAAUUAGAACAAAUUUUAAGUGAUAGUACAAAAUUCAAAUUAUUAGAUAAAGAUCCUACUAGCUCUCGUGAAAAUGCGUUAACAGCUCUUUUAAGACAAAUGAAAAAUGAAGAAUAUUUGACAGAAAAUCAAUAUCGAUACAUUAAACCGGUGAAUUCCAUUCCAGCAAGAUUAUAUGGUUUACCAAAAGUUCAUAAGAUCACCAUUGAAAAUGAGAAAGUAUGCAAUGUGCCUCUCCGGUCAAUAGUGUCAUGCAUUCAAUCCUAUAACUAUCGUCUUGGCAAAUUUCUAGCCGGUAUUAUUAAACCAAUACGUGAUAGUACUUAUUCAUUAAAGAACACCAACGAAUUUUUGAAAUUCUUAAAAGAAAACAAAGGUUUCUCCAAAAGCAACAAAAUGAUUAGUUUCGACAUAGAAAGCCUUUUUGCUAAUAUUCCAGUUGAUGAAACCAUCGAAAUUAUAUGUAAUGAAUUAUACUGUACCAAUCCAAAACUAAAACCUUUUAUUCCCGAACAUUAUUUCUGUGAAUUAUUAGAAUUCGCUACUAAAUAUACUCAUUUCCUUUUUAACAAAAAAUAUUACGAUCAAGCUGAUGGUGUUUCAAUGGGGACACCAUUACCAGCAAUUUUUGCAGAAAUAUUCAUGGCAAACUUUGAAGAAGAACACUUGUCUGGGCUACUAAACAACAAUGAUUCAAAGUUACUCCUGUGGCGCCGUUAUGUAGAUGACACGUACACAAUUUUUAAAGCUGAUGCAGGCGAAGAUGAAAUUCGACAAUUAUUGAACACAUUUCAUCCAAGUAUUAAAUUUACCACCGAACCGGAAGCAAAUAACACCAUACCAUUUCUUGACGUAUUAGUGAAACGACACGACAGUGGUUUUGAUACCACAGUAUAUAGGAAGAAAACAACAACCAAAUUAAUGUUAAAAUGGGACAGUCUAAUUCCAACAGCUUAUAAAAGGUCAUCAAUAAUUUCCUUAGUUACUCGAGCAAUUCGCAUAUGUUCAAAAUAUGGCCCAUUACAUGAUGAAUUUCAACAAAUUCGUCUAAUGGCCAAUUUUAAUGGUUAUCCUUCCGACUUUGUUGAGAAAAUAAUUAAAAAGUAUUUGGACAAAUUAUAUCGACCAAAAGACACAGAAAAUCAAAUACAACAAACAUCAAACGAAAUUAUAAAUUAUAAAUAUAUUCAACUUCCAUACAUUGGUGCACCAAGUUAUGCAUAUGCAAAACGACUAAAAUCAAUUAUACAAAAAAUGAUCCAACAGCACAACUUAGAGUAA